AUGCUUCCUCAUCAACAACAAGUAAACUCAUCAUCAUCAGGAAUUUUAUCUGAUGUUGUCGCCUAUGUUGAAGUGCGAUCCAGCCAGGAAGAUCGUAGUGCUAGCGUUAAUCAUCAGCUUAUGAAUAUGGGAGCAGAAGUUUACAAAACCGGUAAGAAAUCAACAGUUGAAACUGCCCGAAAAAACAGUACUCCGUUACUCAAUGUUCUGUGGGUUGAUAGUUGUAAACAAAGCAGCGAGAAAGUAUCUAUUGACAAUUUCAUUAUAGACUAUGAUGAUGCUCUAUCUACCAGUACGAAUAAGAGACUUCGUCCAACGUUGGAAAUUUCGUCUAGUAAAAGAUCUAAAGUACCGCCCGGAAAGGAUAAAAUUGAAAAGCAAUCGAAAACUCCAGUGUCUGCAACUAGUUCGGAAAGUAAAUUACAAAAGCGGACAACGUUAGAGAAAGAAAAUAAAAACACUGCAGAAUCUACUCCUAAGCCAAAGAAAUCUUUAUCUUUAUCAAAGAAAUCAUGGAAGAAACAGAAUGGAACUCCUUCUGCAAGUUUCAAACCAGCUUCAAUUGCAAUUUUGUGCGAAGAAACUCAAGAUAUUUCCCUACAAAGCGCUGGUACGCCAUCUCAGCCUGGAAAACCAAUACCCGUAACACCUGACGAAAGCUCUGGUGGAGGAGAUGCAGUUUCCGAAAGUGUUAAAUCUAACGAAUCCGAAAAAUCAUCUCUUAACCUUAAACGACGACUCAACUUUAAAGAGACCGUAACUACUGGAAAGGUUAAAAAGGCUAGAAAAAUAACUAAAACAACAGACGUAAAAGAAGAACAGAGCAAUAAAGAAAGUCAAGAGAUUGUCGCAGAAAGCGUCUAUAUGGAAGAUGGCGGAUUAUCUUCACAAGAGAACAAUGCUCUUCUAGGCAACACUCCCUCCAAAUUUCCGGGUUCGCGGCGGGAUAUUCGAGAAAUCUUAAAAAAAACCAAAAAAGUAAAAAGACCAAAGGAAAAGGUAAAGAAGCAUUUGGUAUUAAGUUGUAUGCAGCUUAAUCUAUUUAUAUGUUUAACGCAUGGCAAAUGUUUGUUAUACAGUGAUCGGAAAAUGGCGCAAGAAAUUGUAGAUAAACUAGGAUUAUUUAAAAUCAUAGAAAGUGUGGACGAAAAGACGACGCAUGUUGUUACUGGUACAUCUCGGCGAACGCUCAAUGUCAUCUAUGCAAUGCUUCGUGGCUGUUGGGUCCUUUCGAUAGAUUGGUUGUUUCACUCUAUAUGUAAAGAGAGAUGGGCUGACGAGAGAGAAUUUCAAUUAGCCGAUGAUUUUCCAGCUCUACAGAAGUAUCGACUGGAAGAUCGGUCGCAGUCGGAGAGUACCUUAAAAAAGUUAUUUUCAUCAUACAACAACGCGAUUUAUGUGUGCAAAAAAUGUCAACCUCCUCGCGAUGAUAUCAUUAAUAUCUUAAAUCUAUGCUCAAUCAAAACGUCUAAUACUUUUAGAAAUGCUGCGCUGGUGAUCGGUAACGAGAGCUUUCCCAAGUGGUACAAUGUGCCUUGUGUUUCUGAAAGAUGGAUUUUGGGUUAG